AUGUGCAUCAUCGUGUGUGCCACGGGUUCUGUGGUGCUCCUCGGCUGGGAGAUAGGAGUACUGGAAGCAGUGAUUGUGGUUCUCGUUGUAGGCCUUUCGUUCGACUACACUCUGCACUUCGGAGCCGCGUUACCGAAGACGGGCUGCAAGUCCCAUCGUAUCAGACAAGCCGCCAACCUCGCCUCCACGCCGGUAUCGCUCUCCGCCUUCACGUCGUUUCUUGCGGGAGCGUCCAUGCUAUUCUCUCAAACUCAUGCGUUCUUACAGGUCGGUGUGUUCCUCAUCGUGCUGACGCUUACCAGCUGGAUCUUCGCUACUUUCUUCUUCCUACCACUUCUAUCUUUUACCCUUUCCUCGCAAAAGCAGUGCAAUGAUUGUGCGAAUUUGGUCGUUAAUUCCUACCAAAUGAAUGAGAAAGUUCACUCUUAA